UCGGAACCUAAACCAACUCAAGAACGAUCAAAUAUUGUUGCAGAAUUGAUGACGAUGCAACCAUACACACCACCUCUCGAUAACGGAAGUUCAAUAACUAGCAUCCAUAAUAGUGGUAAUACCACUAGCAAUAACAAUAAUGAUAACUUGAUUGACUUGUCAGAUUCUGAAAACACACAACAAGAAGGCCAACCACAACCACUGCCACAAGCUGUUCCACAAGUACCUACACAAGCUCCACACCCUGAAGCCACUAGACACGCAUCAAUACACGUAGAUGUUAAUCCCCUGGAACAAUACCAACAAUCCCACCGACCAUUUGACUUUCACGUCUUUUUAUCACAUCUCCGCAAGAAAUCAGCCGACCCACUCGUUCGUUACAUCCGGUCAUUUCUCUCCUCCUAUAUACGUCAAGGAUACACCUUUUCAGCCGAGCAACGUAUCAAGAUCAUCAUUGACUUUAAGCAGUUUAUGAACGACAAGUUUGCCAUGUAUGAGCCGUUUGCUAGCAUGGACGAUAUCGACUUGGAGAACUCGCGUGAAGGAUUGGAGAAGUUGGUUAUGAAUCGGUUGUAUGACCAGUGCUUCCCUCCGGAAGUAGUCAAGACUAAUCCUCAAUUCAUGCCUGAUUCGUACACUCGAGAUUUGAUUUUGGAUAAAGAGUUUGAAACGACAUUGGAAAAGUUUAGCUGGAUCAAUGGGACGCAUUUAGAUAUUGAUCUUGACGAAUUGGGUACUGACUCGACCAACUUUCUCGACCAUGCCAUUAAUGAAUUGAAUAAGAUUAAUCAGUAUCGUGCUCCUCGAGACAAGAUUAUUUGUAUAUUGAAUGCGUGCAAGAUCAUAUUUAGUUUUUUGAAACUGACUAAUAAGGAAACCAAUGCGGAUGCGUUUGUACCGUUGUUGAUUCUUGUGAUAUUCAAGGCCAAGACGAGUAACUUGAUUAGUAAUAUUCAUUAUAUUGAGAACUUUAGGGGUGAAGAGUGGGUUAAUAGGGGAGAGACCAGUUAUUACUUGUCUAGUAUUCAAGGUGCCAUUGGGUUUAUUAAGAAUUUAGGAGUUGAUGAGUUGACCAUCACCAAUGAGGAGUAUGAUGCCCAUAUGGAAGCAUGGGAAGCUGAACGGAAACAGCGAGAGGUGGAGAUUAAAAUUAACCAGACCGACAAAACAGAUAGUGGUGGUGAUGGUCUUCUCGUUCAGCCACAACCACAACAUAUCCCCAGCACACCCAUGCGCCUGGCUGAUUAUUCCCAACAGGGUCUUUCGCCAUCUAGUGUGCUUUUCUCCAGUGCUGAGAUGCUUGGCAAGUCCAUCUCGAAUUUCCUUUCGCCACUGGCUACCCCACCGCUGCAAGACCAACAACAGUCGCAAGCGGUAGUACCGGCGGUGUCGCAGAACAUGAUUGAUGAGUUUCAGAAUCUCCCUGAUAAUCAAGAGUAUCAACCGCCACCACCGCCAGAAAAUGAAAUUAAUCAUCAACAGUUAUCGGAGGCAUACGAUACUCUUCGGGAGGUGUUUCCUAAUUUGGAUAAAAAUAUUCUUAAAGAUAUCAUAUAUUUAAACCGGGGCGAUGUUGACGUAUGCAUUGAUGCAUGUUUACAAUUAGUUGCUGACGAAUAGAUAAAUAAUUGAAUAGAUAAAUAAUUGUAUAGAUAAUGAAAUAGUUAAAAGA